ACCGAAAGUCCGAAACAUAAUUAGCAACCCUUUAAAAUAAGAUCUGCUCCGUCAGCAAGUGGGGUAUAUUUCAUUAUAAUCACCGCACCUCAAAAACUCUUCCAUCCCCACCCCUUCAAUCUGACUGAAAAACUUGAAAAAAGUUUGAAAUUCCAAAACCCCCAAUUUGAAUUUUCUCUCUCUACCGAUCUCCUCCUCCAAAAUCAAAUCUCCCCCCAUUAGGAUUUCUCUCUCUCCUCACAUUUCUGGAUCUACUCUUUUUCUUCGAUCUCUUCCACUUUGCUUUUUUCUUAGAUUCGAUUUCAUUUUUUUUUUGUUUUAAUUUGAAGAGGAAAGAAAGAAACUCAAAUGGAGGCGAUCGAAGAAUUGUCGCAGCUUUCUGAUGCGAUGCGUCAAGCAGCGUCUGUGCUUGCUGACGAAGAUGUGGAUGAUACUUCUGCUUCGGCAUCGUCGUCUCGUCGGAACUCUACUUUCCUCAAUGUUGUUGCGCUUGGCAAUGUCGGUGCAGGUAAAUCAGCAGUCUUGAAUAGUCUGAUUGGGCAUCCUGUUUUGCCAACUGGUGAAAAUGGAGCUACACGAGCUCCCAUAAGCAUUGAAUUAAAUAGAGAUGGUUCUUUAAGCAGCAAAUCCAUUGUUUUGCAAAUUGACAAUAAAACUCAGCAGGUGUCUGCAAGUGCUCUUAGGCAUUCUCUUCAGGAUAGGCUCAGCAAGGGCUCAUCAGGAAAGACUCGUGAUGAGAUUUACUUGAAGCUGCGUACAAGUACAGCUCCACCUUUGAAAUUGAUUGAUCUGCCUGGGUUGGAUCAACGGAUUGUGGACGAUUCUAUGGUCAGUGACUAUGUGGCGCACAGCGAUGCAAUUUUGUUGGUGGUAAUUCCUGCUUCUCAGGCACCAGAAGUAUCUUCAGCAAGAGGUCUUAGACUUGCCAAGGAGCAUGAUGCAGAAGGAACGAGAACUAUUGGUGUAAUCAGCAAAAUAGAUCAAGCUGCGUCAGAGCCUAAAGCCCUUGCUGCUGUCCAGGCCUUGUUGUCAGGUCAGGGACCAAGAAGCACCGCUGAUAUGCCAUGGGUUGCUUUAAUUGGUCAGUCAGUGUCAAUAGCUACCGCUUCUGGAACUGCUGGGUCUGAGAACUCCUUAGAAACUGCUUGGCGAGCUGAAACUGAGAGCCUUAAGUCUAUCUUAACCGGGGCUCCCCAAGGCAAGCUUGGUAGAAUAGCUUUGGUAGAAUCUUUGGCUGCACAAAUACGCAACCGUAUGAAAGUCAGGCUUCCUAGUAUUCUUUCUGGACUUCAAGGCAAGUCCCAGAUAGUUCAGGAUGAACUAGUGAAACUUGGUGAGUCAAUGGUUUCUAGCCCUGAAGGUACGAGAGCUUUGGCACUGGAACUUUGUCGUGAAUUUGAAGAAAAAUUUUUGAGGCAUGUCACUGGUGGUGAGGGCAAUGGGUGGAAGAUUGUUGCCAGUUUCGAGGGAAAUUUUCCUAACAGGAUAAAGCAGCUUCCAUUGGAACGACACUUUGAUAUUAACAAUGUCAAAAGGAUUGUUCUAGAAGCAGAUGGUUACCAACCCUAUCUUAUAUCUCCUGAAAAGGGGCUGAGAUCUUUGAUAAAGAGUGUCCUUGAAAUGGCUAAAGAACCAUCACGGCUUUGUGUUGAUGAGGUGCAUCAUGUACUGGUGGAUAUUGUUUCUCAAUCUGCAAAUGCCACACCGGGUCUUGGAAGGUACCCACCAUUUAAAAGAGAGGUAAUCGCAAUUGCAAGCUCUGCACUUGAUGUUUUUAAAGGCAAAGCAAAGCAAAUGGUAGUUGACCUAGUAGAUAUGGAGCGUGCCUUUGUUCCACCACAACACUUUAUUCGUUUGGUGCAGAGACGGAUGGAGAGGCAAAGACGUGAAGAGGAGGUAAAGAGUAGAUCUUCCAAGAAAGGGUCGGAUGCAGAGCAAUCAAUGUUGAAUAGGGCAACAAGUCCUCAGACAAGCAGCCAACAAAGUGGGAACUCUAAAUCAUUGAAGGAUUCAAAAUCUGAUAAAGAGAAAGACAAAGACAAAGACAAAGAGGGACAAGAGGGUUCUGGUGUGAAGACUGCUGGGCCCGAGGGAGAGAUAACUGCAGGUUUCUUAUUGAAGAAGAGUGCAAAGACUAACAGUUGGAGUAGACGAUGGUUUGUGUUGAAUGAAAAAACUAAAAAGCUUGGAUACACAAAGAAACAAGAAGAAAGACAUUUUCGCGGUGUGAUCACUUUGGAGGAGUGUCAAAUUGAAGAAAUUUCUGACGAGGAAGAUGCACCCCCCAAAAGUUCCAAGGAUAAAAAGUCUAAUGGUCCUGAUAAAGGUCCCAGCCUAACAUUUAAGUUGACUAGCAAAGUACCAUACAAGACUGUUCUUAAAGCACAUAGUGCUGUGUUGUUGAAAGCUGAGAGUGUGGCUGACAAGGUUGAGUGGUUGAACAAGCUGAAGAAUAUUGCAGUACUUAAAAGUGGUCAAGGAAUUGGUGAACCUGGACUACAGAUGCGUCAAAGUCAUUCUGAUGGUUCCCUAGACACAAUGGCAAGAAGACCUGCAGAUCCUGAAGAGGAGCUUCGCUGGAUGUCUCAGGAAGUGCGUGGAUAUGUCGAAGCUGUUCUAAACAGCCUUGCUGCAAAUGUGCCAAAAGCUGUUGUUCUUUGCCAAGUGGAGAAAGCCAAAGAGGACAUGCUUAAUCAAUUGUAUAGUUCCAUAAGUGGCCAGAGCUCUACAAAGAUUGAAGAACUCCUUCAAGAAGACCAAAAUGUGAAGCGUAAAAGAGAACGUUACACAAAGCAGUCAACUAUUCUAUCAAAACUUGUGAGGCAACUAAGCAUCCAUGAUAACCGGUCAGAUGGGUGGUCUGAUGGUGGUAGUGGUGCAGAAAGCAGCCCCAGAACAGGGGGCUCAGGGGCUGGGGAAGAUUGGAGAAGUGCAUUUGAUGCUGCUGCUAAUGGACCGUCAGAUUUCUCUAGGACACACAGUCGGCGGUACAGUGAUCCAGCCCAAAAUGGUGAUCUAAAUGGCGGAUCUGGCUCAAGCUCAAACAGUCGUCGCACGCCAACACGAUUGCCCCCUGCCCCACCUUCAUCUGGUAGAUACUAGAUGUAUGGGACAUGAAAGUAGACGGAGUUUGUGAUGACUAAUAUUAUGAUUCGUGUAAUUCUUGUUGGGGUGGGUGUUUUUAUCUUGCUCCCUGAUGUUGAGCAUUUCUUCUGCUCUCCUUACAUGUUAUAAUAGUUUUGUAGAUUGGGAGAAAAAAGAAUAGGUGAUUCAUGUAGAUAGAUAUUGGGCGGUGUUCCUUUUUAUCAUUGAUGACUGAAUUUUGAGAUGUAUUAAAUUUUCCUUCCCUUUUCUUGGUGAAAUGACGUCUUUGCACGAUGAUUGUAAAGCUUCUUUGCGCGAGAUUUAAGAAAUUACAAUUAUAACGAUUUCUUCA